AUGGCAGAGGUCAACCCUUUUGACGGCUGGAAAGCAGCGCAAGCGAAAGAUGAGAGAAGUUCCUUUUCAACCGAAUAUCGAAGUGGGAGGUCUGAAAGGCGAAAUAUGCGGAAUGAAAUUCCGCCAACGUGUGUGUAUUUAUGUUGGAGUACGGACCAGGAAGAAGGUCAGCGAUGCGGAUUCCUUCACAAAGCGAAUCCAGGACGCUGCAAGAGAACCGGCUCCGUCCUAAUACCACCGAAGAAGUUUGCCUUCGCAUCCGCGGAAACAAAAUCCACGUACAAUUCUGUAUGUGUUGCCCGUACUACUGGUGACUUCAGCCAAGAGAACCACCUGAAAAGAAGGUUGCGUCGCCAGCUGAAACGUGACGGUGGGAACCAAGGAACGUCAAGAGCGAAGAAGUUUGAAAAGGCGUGGGAGAGCAAAAACUCACGAAAAGCCUAUGCUUUACUAAAACAGUAUACCGACAAAAUGAAAAGAUGUUUCCAGCUCUCAACACUGCCAAUGGAAUGGCUGUUGGUAAACGAAACAUUCGAAUUUGGGGGGGGGGAGGAUCACAUCAAGACCUUGCUGAACCUGCAAGCGCAGUCAACUCAACGGAACUAG